UCGGUUGGUCGGUCAGUCCACCCCGCGACACCAACCGAUUUCGCAGCGCCAGCCCACUGAUUCCUCACCGAAUUUUUUCAUUUUUUUUCUCUCUUUCCAUUCUCCCCGGCGAUCGAGUAGCCGGCUUCUGCUCGCCGCCCGCGCGCCGGAGGGAGGCGAGGUCCAAAGCCGGCGAGGCGCCAUGCACCACGACCCCAACCCCUUCGACGAGGGCGCCGACGAUAACCCCUUCUCCAAUGGAGGAGGUGGUGGAGCACGUCGUGGUGGUGGUGGCGGCGGUGGUGGUGGCGGUGGCGGAGGCAAGUCUCAGUUCUCGUUCGGGUUCGGCGGCCUCGGCGGCGGCAGCAAGGGCGGUGCCACUGUCGACAUCCCCCUCGACAACAUGAGCGAUUCGAAGGGCAAGGGGAAGGAGCUGUUGCAAUGGGAGGCAGAUCUCAAGAGACGAGAGGCGGAUAUCAGGAGAAGGGAGGAAGCUCUCAAGAGUGCCGGGGUGCCCAUGGAGGAGAAGAACUGGCCACCAUUCUUCCCAAUUAUCCACCACGACAUUGCCAACGAGAUACCUGCCAAUGCACAGAAGUUGCAGUACCUUGCAUUUGCAAGCUGGCUUGGGAUUGUACUUUGUCUCUUCUGGAAUUUUAUUGCUGUCAUUGUCUGUUGGAUCAGAGGAGGAGAUUCCAAGCUCUUUUUCCUGGCUACUAUCUACGGUAUGCUUGGAAUGCCUCUGUCAUACUUGAUGUGGUAUAGGCCUCUGUACCGCGCAAUGAGAACUGAUAGCGCAUUCAGCUUUGGAUGGUUUUUCCUUUGCUACAUGCUUCACAUUGCCUUCUGUGUAUUUGCUGCCAUCGCUCCACCAGUUAUAUUUCGUGGAAAAUCAUUAACUGGUAUAUUGGCUGCAAUUGACACCUUCUCUGAUCAUGCAAUAGUCGGGAUCUUUUACUUUGUCGGAUUUGCCUUGUUUUGCUUGGAGACACUUGUGAGCAUUUGGGUUCUUCAGAAAGUAUACAUGUAUUUCAGAGGGCACAAGUGAAGUGGGCCGUGGAAGAAAUAUUACAAAAGCCCACCAAAUACUAUCUGAUUGAGCUGCAGUUCUGUGCAUACAUAUAUGUACAUGUCGAUCUUGUAUGUUAUGUAGUGAUGGAGAUGUUCUAAGUACAUGUCAAUCUAUAGUGUUAUUUUUUUUAACAGGAAUACUAUUUUAUAGUGUUGUUUUCUGGGCUGAUCGGUCUGUUGUGUUGAACCUCAAUUCUUUACCUA